GGCUCUCUCCAUCUAUAAACGCAUCGUACGAUAUACGGAUUCAGCUGUUGUGCGGUAUUCGAGUACGUAUGUCGUGCUGCGCGCGACUCUUGGAACUCAGAGUCGGCGAUCAGGCGAGAGGAGCGAGCUCCAAGUUGUACCGAGAUCCCGGCGGACCCCUCGCUGACAGAGACCCACGCAGCUGACGCGAUGACGGGGUUCACGGAAAGCGCCCUGGUCAAACGACUGAUGGACCUCAACCCAUCGCAGCAGAGCAUCCAGACGCUCUCGCUCUGGCUCAUACAUCACAGAAAACACCACCCGACCAUCGUGAAGAUCUGGUUCAAGGAGAUGUGCAAAGUGAAGGACAAUCGCAAAUUAAUGUUUAUGUAUCUGGCAAAUGAUGUCAUCCAAAAUAGCAAGAAGAAGGGGCCAGAGUUUGGAAAGGAAUUUGAAACAGUCUUACCAAAAGCAUUUGAACAUAUGAAAGGUUUUGAUGAAAAGACAAGGGACCGAUUAAAUAGGUUAUUGACAAUAUGGGAAGAAAGAGGAGUCUAUGACAAAGCACAAAUAUCAGAAUUUAAAAUAGCUUUCACAGAUACUGAGAAAGAUUCUGCAACACCGCCAAAAAAGAAGGCAAAAGUUGAAAUAGAGAAAGUAAAGAAGGAGAAGAAGGAAAAGAAAAAAUCGGAAACUGAAGUCGAGGUAGAUGGCACCAAAGAGCUUCAUGUGACGUUAAGCCCACGAACUCCUGCUGGCGAUCCACCAGAAACUGAGGAACUCAUCAAAGCGUUAAUGGAUCUGGAAAAUACCGCGUCCUCGGAUGCUGGUGUUAGGGAACGUAUUGCAUCCUUGCCACCGGAAGUCUCUGAGGUCUCGUUGCUCGCGAAUCUCGCCGAUCGAACGGCCGCAGAUCAAUUAAGUGCCGCGGUAAACGAGGCCGCUGCUCUUUUGGCCGAUUACAAUGGAAGACUGCAAGCCGAAAUGGAAGAUAGAAGAAGAUUACUAACGAUGCUGCGAGACUAUACUCUGGCGCAGAGGCAACUACUUCAGCAGGCACAAAGCACGUUAGAGGACUAUAAGGAAAAGCUUAAGAAAGUAUGUGCGGUUCGAUCGGAGGUGAAGUCUCAUAUUUCGAAUCUUCCUGAUUUAACGCAAUUGCCCGACGUCACUGGUGGUCUGGCGCCUCUUCCUUCCGCCGGAGAUCUGUUUUCCAUGCACUAGUGUAAGUUUGUGACGCGGGUGGCGUUUAUAUAGUUUAUUACUUUAGUUUGCGUGAGUAGACGAAAAUUUGAGAUUCAUAGUAUGAGAGUUUUAUACGACGACGAGAUGUGAAGGAACAAAGGAUUUAUCGUCGAUGAUAACUUUGUACUGUGGAAUAUUUGAUAAAUCUGAAGUAUAACGAAAAACUCCAUACAGGGCAUAUACCAGUAUAUGAACGUAAAAUAUAAAACGGGGAAAUAUUAAUAAAUGAGACGAGACUGGAGUUAUUGAGGCUGAAUGAUAAUGAAUGAUAGUGAAAUGAAUAUCUGAGUGAUAAGGGUACAGAACUAUUACAUACGAAAAAUUUACAUUGUAAUUCUGAAUUUUUUUAUACUUUAUUGACGAGUCACUCAGCUCCUUUUUGAAUCCUUUAUCGCAAAAUCAUGUACUAUAUCUAUACGGCUAAUAUAAGUACAUUUUUACGAGAUGACUCGUGCG